AUGGCUACGUUUGAUUUGGAAGCAUUUGUGGCUGAGCCAACGCACGUGGCGUUGGAGUUGUGUAGAAAAGUAGAUUUGCUGGAGAUAGCGCGACACUAUGCGAUCCCUGUGUCCCCUGCGUUACGCGUGGGUGAGUUGAGGGAGGCUAUACUGGCAGAGUUGGUGGCCAACGGGGUUGUGGUAUUGCCUGUGUCGAGUGAUCCAGUGGCAGGAGCGGCAGUGGGAGAUGCAGUGGUGUCCCCCGUACGUCCUGGGGUAGAGCGCGUGGAGCAGCCGCAGCUGUGCUCGCCCGCGGCGCUGUUUGAGGAGGCUGAGGAGAAGUCUCCUGGUUUAGGGUUGCGCUCCCCUCGCGAUGCACGCGUGGAUAUGCGCAUUGCUCGUCUGAAGCACGAGAGGGAAAAAGAGAAGCGAGAGUUUCACUUGAAACGUGAAAUUGAGUUGAGGCGUAUAGAGUUCCAGGAGUUCCAGGAGCGGCUAAGCGCGCUGUUAAAGUCUUACGUGACACUGGUGGCUCACAGUCUUUCAUUCUCUCUGGUGUCCUGCCUCUGGGUUUGCAGACUGACUGUCAUUGGAGUAUUCCCUGUGGCCGUGCGGGACCAGUUCCCCAUCGAUGGGGUGGAGUUCAUCAUGGGGAAUGACCUUGCAGGUGGCAAAGUGUACCCCUCCCCUGAGGUUGUUACUCGCCCUAUCCUGAGCUCUGAUGUGGAUGAACUGGCUGAGAAACACCCUGACGUGUUUUCUGUGAGCGUUCUGACCCGCGCUCAGUCUAAAAUGGCGAGAGAGCAAAUGCGCCCUCGUGUGGACGAACUGGGGGGGACUCAAAGGCCCAGCCUGACAGUGAGGAGCCAGAUUGCAGCCCCUCUUUGUCUCCCCUGCUUACAAGUGACGCGCUGA